GCCGCCACCAUCACAUCCUGGUCUUUAACUCUGUCACAGUGCACAUGAGAGCGACCUCUGGACCAGCAGUGAGAGGCGACCUACCCCAACCUGCCAAAUCGCUACCUACGACACUCAAUUAGGGUGGUAGCAGCGGCAGGGAGACCAGCGGUUGUCAAGGCCACCAGCAGUUCAGGGGAGUCUGCAUCAUCAAACUCCUUGGAGAGGCCUUGCCCAGGACCUGGGAGCCACGACCACCCAGCUCCAGUUCUGUGGUCCAUGUGAGUAGCUAGGAACUUCCAGGGGUGAGCUCAGAGGGGGCAGGCUGCAGAAGGCUGGGUUCCCCUUGACUGAGUAGGACCAAUUGGUUCUCUUAGUAGCCUCACCCGUGAGGCCUGGUUUUCUCAUCACCCUCAGAACGAUCUCUCGGCACCCUGGAUCCUUCUGUGGGUUCUCGAGGCAGCUCCACCGCGCAGCAGCGCGCAUACAGCUGCCUCAAGGAGCUGGGCAAGAUGGUAUUUGGAGUCCAGGACAUUGCAUUGUUAGAACAUGGGUGCAAGGCCUUGGAGGUGGACAGUUACAAGUCCUUGAUGAUCCUGGGGAUCCCGGAGGACUGUAGCCACCAAGAAUUUGAAGACAUCAUACGAACUCCGCUCAAACCGCUGGGCAAGUUCGAAGUGGCUGGGAAGGCCUAUCUGGAAGAAGAUAGGUCCAAGGCAGCUAUCAUCAGGUUGGCAGAGGACCUCAAUUACGACGUGGUGCCCAAGCAGAUCAAGGGCAAGGGCGGUAUGUGGAGAGUGGUCUACAUGCCCAAGUGGCAGGACAUCGAAUUCCUGACCAAGCUCAAUUUGUUCCUGCGGAGAGAGGGCAGGACGGUAGAGGAUGUGGCCCGCAUCCUCAGUCGCGAGCUGUGUCCCACCACAGUAGUUCCCGGAGAGCUACCUUCCAGGGAGUGCAGUCUGUCUCUACAGGGGGAGACCGCAGACAAGGGGGCCACCACCAAGGCGGAUGAGAUGCCCCCUCUCAAGGACCCAGAGAAGGAGAGCAAGGCUGAAGAGGGCAAGAAGGGCAAGAAGAAAAACAAGAAAAGUCGGCGCCGACAGCAGGCUUCUGAUAAGAAGCCGUGAGGUGAUGUUGGAUGACUGUGGAUGGGGGAUGUGUGUGGCAAGGGGGUGGGAGUCAUCCCAGUGGGAACGGGAUGACCGUGGGAGGGCACAUAGCAUUUUGGCGCUUGAGAGUGAGUGUGGAUAGGAGGUGCUGGACCAGUGAGUGGUGACUUUCGAGCCAGAAUGAGCAUCACCUGAGUGUUUCGCAUGGUAUUUGACUCUUUGAAGACAACUUACUUACUUUGGUCAAUGCUGAGGGUUGCAUUUGAGCAUGCUACUCACGUACCCUAUCAGGAAACCAUGUACCCAGCCCCUCACUAGGCGAUUCCAGGCAAACUCUCUGUUAACGAGCUAAGGCUUCAGCGUGAGCCUGGUAGUUUUAUCUGAGCUCACUUGUGGACUGCAGCUGAGUGUGUGUGGCUAACAUCCCGUUGAUGUGGGUCAUCUCUUCCUGUUUUGUUUACUCCGCAUGUGUCUAUUUCAUACCUAUGGUAUCCUGGAAUGGCACUUAGAUCUUGGAAUAAAGAAGGGUGGAAAAUCCCAACAAACGUGUCUGUGACACUCAGGAGUAGUAAUGGGGGUACUUGGAUACGUCUAAAGGAGAGAACUUUUCAUUUAGUUUAGAUAAAGUUAAGGGAUUGUAGAUGGUUGAUUGUGGGACACUUUAUUCAGCCAACAAAAAUUUCUACAGCAUCUGAAAUGUGCCAGGUACAGGACACACAGUUAAUGAUUUUUAGUCUUGCCCUCAUGGCUCUAAUUCUGUAUUUGAAGAAUUGUAGGUAACAUUUGAGACUGUGCAAGGAACACGGAAGUGUGUGUGUGUGUGUGUGUAUGUUGGUAUUGCCUGAGUAAAGGAGAGCAGCUUCUGAUUGAGAAGGGUCCCAGAGACUUGUAAAAGACUUUUAGCAACUGGGAGGCCAGCAGGACCAGCCCCUCAGAGGGAGCCAAAUCCACAACGGGUGUGACUGUUGCCACGGAGACCACAGAGGGGACAGGUGCUUGCUAGCCAUUGCCUGAAGAGAAGCUCCGUGAGGACAAGCUUUUGAGACUGUUUUUGCUAGUCUUGCCAAAACGGGAGCUGACCCCGGAAGAACCUGUCCUGAAGACCCUAGCUGGGAACAAGGGUCACCAUUCUGCCAUCACCAGAGACUUGAUGCUGAAGACAGUUCAGAAGCCAAGGCUGAGACAUGGGCUACCUAAGGACUCUGUUGUUCUGCAUAUGUCCCUAAAUAACUGUGACUGUUUAAUAAAUGUCAACUCUCCCUUCCUGAAGGGAGGGUCAGGGGUGAGACCCUUCAACCCCGAUUGGCACCUGAGGUAGGCAUGUAUAUAAACAUCCCCAAAUUAAAUCCCAGGAGUCAUGCCUUGGAGGAAGAAAAACACUCUUUAAAAAAAAAAAUAAAGUGGGGAGGGGGUAGGACAGACUUCCCGUUGAGAGAGAGAGAGAGAGAGAGAGAGAGAGACUAAGCCAGGCUUAAUGGCUCAUGGACUCUCAGCACCACUUGGGAGGUGGGCGCAGGAAGAUCAAGAGUUCGAGGUCAGCCUUGACUGUAUAGUAAGUUUGAGGCCAGUCUGGGCUACAUGGUAUUCUGUCUCAAUAAAUAAUAAUUGGUUCUCAAGUCUAUAAACUGAGUAUUAUGUGAGGGUGGCGAAGAGGAAAAAUAUUGGGAGCAUAACACAAAGGUCCCUGAGCCUACAGAUCUCCAGAGAAACCAGGAAUGUUGAACACACAGGAUUGUCUUUCCAAUGGGAAAGAUGAAAACCUGCUCUUCCAUCCAGAAAGCUGGGAACUGGAAGUGAUUAACAGCCUGGUGCGCUGUGUUCUCUGUUGGGCCAGGCCAUAUCCAGCUCCUAUAACUAGGACCAGAGGAAGUCAGUGACCUAAAUGACCGUAACGGCCAGAGGCUCCCCCAAGCUCCCACAACCGAGACCAGAGGUGGCUAAUAGCCCAAAUGACCUCUGUGUUGUCUGUGUGACUGAGACCAGGCCAGAUCCUUAGCCCCUUAAGCUAGAACAAGUAGUGUAUCUCCAGAGCCCUUCUCGGAAGAAACGGCUCAGAUCCUGAGUUGUUGCGAAGUAAUCACACUUCCUUGUGCAGCGGGGAUUGAUUUACAGCAGGGAGCUUUUCCCCCAAAUUGUACUGGAGUUAAAUACAUUGGGAAUAAACCAUCUGUUAUUAGACUUCCCCAAAUCUGAUCCAUGUUGAUGAAGUCAGUCUGCACCAGGUUUUCAUUCCUCUCUCUUCGAGGGGUUCGCUUCCCUCUAUGACACCUUCAGGGACCCCCUCAGAAAAAACAAAUAGUGCAAUCCAGUCGGGCACGGGUGGAGAGAACACCUACAAAGGAUCUGUGAGGGCUCUAGCUGAAUUUCAUAUCAAAACUAAUUUAUGGGGGCUGGAGAGAUGGCUCAGGGGUUAAGAACACUGACUGUUCUUCCAGAGUGCUGGGUUCAGUUCCCAGCAUCCACAUGGCAGCUCACAACUGUCUGACUCCAAGAUCUGACACCCUCUUACACACACACAGGCAAAAACACCAGUGCACAUCAAGUAAAUAAGCUAACUCCUCUUUAAAAAAUGUAGGUAUGUACACACAAAAAUGUAAUGUUUUCAGACAGUCUUGCUAUGCAGCCUAUGCUGGGCUGAAACUUACUAUGUAUUCCAGGCUGGCCUUUAUUUAACUCACGAUCUUCUUGCCCCAGUUCCCCCAGGGUAGGAGUUACAGACUUGCACCUAUGCCUAUGCAUUGAUUUUUCUCUUAUCUUAGAACACGGAAUUGCCGUAUCUUGUUUGUUUUGGAAUACUGUGGUUCUCUAUUAGCAUCAAACUCCCUCUGCCUCCAGAGUGUUGGCAUUCUAGGUAGGAAUCCUUCACUCAUCUUUCCCUCAGUGUCUGUGAUCCACUGCAAAUACCUCUGGAGUGUGGGGAUUAAAGGUGUGCGUCACCACGCUCAGGUAUGCGCAGGUCUACCUGUGACUUUUCCGUCUCCCUUUUGAUUUCUUGGAAGUUACUACUUAAUGUCAGAACCAAAGGCUGUCUACCUUUCCAUCUGGGACGCCAUGCCAUCGGAAAAGCCUGUUUCUGUCCAUAUGUCCUCAGUAGUGUCAAGACACUAAAGGGAGUUUUCCAAUUCAGUUGAUUGACAUAACCUAAAGUCUCAGAAACAUUGGUUUCUAUUUACUUCCCUAGCUGACUCUUUCUGGUAUCAACCUCAACUUUCUUUUCUUUAGUACAGUAAUUAGCAGGAUAGAGCUUUUCCUGCUGUCUCCACAAACACUUUUGAACUUCUUACACAUCUGUAGUCAAGAAGCUUGUGGCUCUAUAUGCUGUUGAGAGGAAGUCAGAAAAGGGACGUGAGUUUGAUCCCCAGGUCCCAUGUAGCGGGAGGUCUCCACAUGAGAGCCAUGGGCAUGUGCACUCACCACAACACAUACACACACACACACACACACAAUAUAAUUUUAGAUAAAGAAGAGGUUCUUGCCAGGCGGUGGUGAUGCAUGCCUUUAAUCCCAGCACCCGGGAGGCAGAGGCAGGUGGAUCCCUGUGAGUUCGAGGCCAACCUGGUCUACAGAGUGAGUUCCAGGACAGCCAGGGCUACAGAGAAAAACCUUAUCUUGAAGACAAAAGACAAAACAAAACAAAGAAAAAACAGACAAAAAAGAGGUUCCUGGUUCCAUGUUUACCAUUUUAGUCCUGGCCCUGAUGCUGCCACUCUCAGAGCACUGUGUGUCUGUGCUAAUAAUUACAUUAGCCUGAUCUUACGUAGAUGCCGCACUGCCUCCACCAUGUCUGUCUGAUGCAUGCUGUUUAACAUCAAGGUACAAUGGCUGUAUAAUAAAGGACAAUGUGACAUUUUUUCUUAUUUUGCAGCCUGAGAUGUGCAUGCUUUUCCCGGUAUUUCUCAUAUGGACACUGUAUCUGUGACAGGCAACAUGGAUUGUUAUUAAAUGCUGCCCACAAAUCCAGACAGACCAGAGACAGUUUCCUCAGGGAGAUUGCUGGGACCAGGUGACAUUUCCCGACACUGCACUGCAGGCUGUUGUGUGACUGCAACAAUUUAGUACUUACUGCGUCCAUGCUGCAGAUGUCAGGCAGAAAUCCCCAAGUAAAUUACAGCAACCCAAACCCCAUUUAAGAAGUGGGUUUAUCCUUCUUUGUUCUUUGUGGUUGAUACUCCACUGUAUGCA